GGCAUUUAUACUUACCUUAGUCACAGGAAAUGCGGAGCAAUGUCCUGGAGCUAUCGGAGCAUUUGUGGAGCAUGCAGCCUAGCGAAAGUGCUAUAAUAUAAGCAGACUCAGAGGCUCGGAUUUGAAGACAUCCCUAAUCAUGACUCCGUGGAUUCACCCCUGACUCCUCCUUUCCACCCCUGCAUCUAAUCUCACGACAACCUUGAUGCAAUAAUGUAUCGAUCACUCACAGACGACAGCCUCUACCGCAUCGAUGCCGAUCUCCUCAUUCCGGGGCAGGGAGAGCCCCUUCUCCACGGUGCCGUGGUCUGGAAGUCCAAGUCUAUUCUCUACGUGGGACGUCAAACCGACGUACCUCAAGAAUACCAAGACGCAACGGCGUCGCACGUUCCCGUGGUGAUGCCGGGGCUGUGGGAUUGCCAUAUCCACUACAUGGGCGCUACGUCGGCGACGAUGGACGCGGUCGUCAAAACCACACCCGCUUUAGCCGGGGCCCGAAGCGUCCCCGACCUCCACGCAACUAUCAUGGCAGGGUUCACCUCCGUCCGUGAAGUAGGUGGCUACGCGUGCGAACUCGCGCUUGCCGUGAACGAGGGCCGCAUCCUCGGACCCACCAUCUACGGCGCUCACAGCGCCAUCAGCAUGACCGCCGGCCACGGCGACGUGCACGGCAUGCCCCUUCAUCAACUCCAGGACAUGUGCGCCCACGGGCUCCCCCUGACCAUUGCCGACGGGGUGCCAGAGUGUCUGCAAGCCGUGCGCAAGCAGCUCCGUCACGGCGCGCGCGUGAUCAAGGUCUGUGCCAGCGGAGGGGUCGUCAGCGCCAUCGACGACCCCCAGCACCAGGAGUUCUCCUUCGAGGAGAUGAAAGCUAUCGUUGACGAGGCUGCGCGCGCCAAACGCGUCGUCGCCGCCCACUGCCACGGCAAGGCUGGGAUCAUGAACGCGCUGCGCGCCGGGUGUCGCACCAUUGAGCACGGCAGCUUCCUCGACGAGGAGGCCGUCGAGCUGAUGCGCGAGAAAGGCGCCAUCCUAGUCGCCACCCGCAGCGUGAUUGAGACGGGCCUAUCGAUGCGCCAGCUCUUCACGCCGGGAUCAUAUCAGAAGCUGCUCGAGGUAGCUGAUGCACACAAGCAGGCGUAUCGGUUGGCGGUUGCGCGCGGGGUCACCAUCGCCCUGGGCACGGAUCAGUUCAUCAGCUCGGAUAAUCCGGCUGUUGCGUAUGGGCGCAACGGCAAGGAGCUGGAAUACGCGGUGGAGGCGGGAAUGACGCCCUUGGCUGCGAUUGAGGCCGCCACGGCGAAUGGGCCGUUGACGCUGGGGGACCAGGCGCCCAAGAGUGGGCGGCUGCUCGCUGGGUAUGAUGCCGAUAUCAUUGCGUUAGCGGCCAAUCCGCUCGAGGAUAUCACGAUAAUAGGGAAUUCGAAGAACGUGACGCAUGUUUGGCGUCAGGGAAAAUUGGUCAAGUCUUAGAAUUCAU